CCUAUAUGGAUCUUUUUGGCAAAUUAUCAAAAAAUUUUCUUAUGAAUAAUCAUUUCUACUACUUUUACAUUUAAAUACGCUCUAGUAACACUUUACACGACAAAUACUACUUCAUUUGCGCAUCCAAUGAAUAUUGAAGAGUCGUGAGUCAUCAUCAUGCAUUUGCAUUGUAAAUAUUCAUCAGAAGCGAAUAAAAGAGCACCCAAACAGCAUCUUAGUAGCAGACUUUGUUUUGGCAGCAUGAAGAAGUACUACUCUUUUUUGUUGAUUAGCCUACUGUUUAAUUGCAGAGUGGGCAGCACAGUUCCAGAAGAUAAGAUUGUUUUUAUGGAAACCAAAACUACCGUAACUGGUCAAAUUGGUGAAAAUCUGGUUCUUAAAUGUAAAGUUACGAGUUCACCACCAGCCACUAUUCACUGGCUCUUUAAAGGUCAACGGAUCGUACAGGAUUCGACCUUAACCGUUCUUGAUGAUGAUGCAAUCUAUGAAGAGAAGAAAUUGUCAUUAGCCGUCACCGAAUCAAAGUUAUUCAUAGAUUGUGCUGAUGAAACAGACGCUGGCUCCUACACUUGCGUAGCUCAAUCUCCAGUCAAAAGAAAGCGUCUAGAUUUCGACGUCACUCUUAACGGAGAGGUUGCAGACAACUAUUGUACUAGGUUGAAUAAGGGGAAAAGGAUCUCUGAAAUGAGACAUCAAAUCCCAGCAAGAGUAACGAUGUGGAGUCCCAAUAAAAUGGAGGAGGAGCAUACUGAUGCCCAUCUCUUCUGUAGGGUUUCCGGUUUCCCUAAGCCAACCGUCACAUGGUACAACAGGAUUAAUAAGAAAAUAACUGAAAAUAUGUCAAAGUAUAAGCUUCUACGAAACGGGGAUUUAAUAAUAAGGAAUGCAAACUUUCUCGACGAUAUGGGAUCAUACAAAUGUAUUGCCAAGAAUAGCUUCUCGGAAGAUUCCCAAUCGACUUUCCUCUAUCCCGUAAGUUUUUCACUUUAAAAUAGUAGUAGUAAAAGAAUAAAGAAUUAUAGGCAAUUCGAACAAUUUCGUUGAUAUAAUUAGUCUUAUUAUCUCUUUAUUCUGUUUUUCUUUUAAAAGACUGUUGAAAAGGACAAGUAAACAAAGUAAAGCAAACAUUAGAAACAUUGUUUUACAAGUUCUCUUCCUUAUGUGAGGAAACAAAAAAUGUCUCAUUCCCCAAAAAACUUAUUUGUUAGAGAAAAAAGAAUUAGGAAUUGAAGAGCGAUGGCUACACUUUGUUUGUCGUAAAACUGUUGUAUCCUGAAAAAAUACAAUGAGGUGAAAUAUUGUUCGCAAACUGUUUAUACCUCAAUCAAUGGCAAAUGAAAUCAAGGAGAUAAUAUAGAGAUUUAGAAAUACAUAUAUAGCAUAUAAUGCAUAAAUACUAAUAUAUACAGUAUAUAUAUAUCAACAUUUAUAUCUUCUAUACGUACAACUUUUGGACACUUGAACAAUUUUUUACCAAUAGGUUAACACUAAGACUAAUUUACAUAUUUGUGAAUAUCUUUGAAUAUAUUAAACCUGACAAGGCUUAUUGUCUAUAGACAAAGUUUUCAAUUGUCAACUGUCCAAAAGUUUUUCCUUGCAGAGAUCAGUUCGGUCGCUGUUUGUAUGUGUUUUUUGUCUAUUGUUUGUAUAUUACAGCCAACAAAUAAUAAGAAACAAACUCGUUAUACAAUUCGAAUUGACCAUAGUAUUGGUUAAAAAGAAUUCUGGUUGUAUAUUCAAAGGGCUAGAGCUUUACACUGUCAGGUGAAGAUUAAAGGAGUUAUCCGAAAGGAUCUAAACAGAAUAACCUUUCCCGAAACUCUUUAACAUCCUCUCCAAACGAGUAUGAUACUACAAAUUUAACAAGACGAACAACAGAUAUUUCCAUUGGCUGUAAGAUAUGAAUAUACUAAUAUAUAUAUAUAGUAUCAUCAUUUCUUCAAUCUAUUUAUUUCUCUUUAACUAUUUAUUAUCUUUCUAUUUGAUUCUCUUUGUGAAAAUUUUACAGUCUUUUCCGUAACAUGCAGCUUUUUCAGUAUCAAUUCUUUAGAGAAUAAUUACCAUAUAAUUUGAAUAAUUUAUUCAUCAAUUAAAUUAUUUAUAUGUUUUCAUGCUAAGAGACUGAAAGGUUUUAUUUUCGACAUAUUUCACAUAUAUACAUAUAAUUAUAUAUAUAUA